AUGGCUGAAUCUCUCGGACCCGAAGCGAUUCAAGCGCUUGAGUUGAUUGACAAGCACCGACGCGCCAGCAAGAACGAGCUCUACCGCCAAAUUAUUCGAAGAGAGUCAGAAAUGGCUCUCUUUGUGGACACCAAGUCGAAAAUGGUCACCUUGCGAGAAAUCGUUGAGAGGGAUCUUGGCUACCCAGUUACUGUCAAGCACCCCCGGCUUGCCUACUUGCGCAAUAAUGCUGUUGGUGCUCCGAUAAGGAAUCUUGGCACUCCUGCCACUCCACCCCCGGAUGCACAGGGCCACCUUCCUUGCCCUGAGUCUCGUGUUUUGCUCAUCUUCAUCAGCCUUUCAUAUGCUGUUCUUUUCUACCUUCUCCUUUCAUACUUGUUUUAG